AUGAAUCUGGCGUCCCUCAUUUUUUUCGACAACAAAGCUCCUGAACACAACCAGCUCGGAAUCAUGAGAUCAGAAGUGGGAAUUAUCAAAUUUCAGAGAGCAGGAACCAGAUAUCUGAUUCUGAAGCCUCACAAAUGUUAUUUUUCCAGACUGUAUUAUGAGCCUGUCGCCACUCCCUGUGGACAUACCUUUUGCCUCAAGUGUUUGGAGCGCUGCUUAGACCACAACCCCAACUGCCCCCUGUGCAAAGAGAACCUUUGUGAGUAUCUGGCGACUAGAGCGUACAACAAAACUCUUCUCAUGGAAGAAGUUUUGCAAAUCUUCCUGUCUGAUGAGCUGGCAGAAAGAAGAAAAGUUCAUGAAGAAGAAAUGAAAGAACUUUCAAACCUGAAACAAGAAGUGCCAAUUUUUGUGUGCACCAUGGCAUUUCCUACAAUUCCAUGCCCAUUGCAUGUCUUCGAGCCUCGAUACAGGCUUAUGAUUCGCAGAUCCAUGGAAACAGGCACCAAGCAGUUUGGCAUGUGCAUUGCUGAUGAACUAAAAGGGUUUGCAGACUAUGGGUGUAUGCUGGAGGUGAGAGAUGUAAAGUUUUUUCCUGAUGGUCGCUCAGUGGUGGACACCAAAGGUGUUGCUCGUUUCAAAGUUCUCAGUCACGGCCAGAGAGAUGGGUACCACACAGCAAAGAUUGAAUAUUUGGAGGAUAAGAAGGUUGAAGGAAAUGAGUUGACAGAGCUACUGAAGUUGCAUGACUCUGUCUAUGACCAGGCCACAGGCUGGUUCACCUCCCUCAAAGAUGACAUGAAGAAUCAAAUCAUCAGCCACUUUGGCCAACUGCCUGGUAAAGAUUUAGACCCACAGGCAAACCCCAAUGGUCCAACUUGGUGUUGGUGGCUGUUGGCUGUGUUGCCAUUGGAAAACAGAGCCCAGCUUACCAUCCUCGCCAUGAACACCCUUAAAGACCGACUAGUCGCCAUUCACAGAGUCCUAAUUUUUGUUACUCGCAAACAUUCUCGAUGAUGACUGUGGUCUUCAGUCUGCCUUGUUGUCCAAAUCUAAAUUUACCCAUCGCUUGAGAAUGCUGCUUCACUGGGUCAAGAAGGUGUCUUCCAGCCAUUGUCUUGGUCAUUUAUAGCACACAACCCUCACAAUUGUGAAAUCUUAAUAUUUAAAUUUAGACUUCUCAGUCAGCAGUGGUGAGGUUAGUGCAGUAACACAAUAAAAGUACUUGUCAGCCUUUAUUAGGAAGCUCUCAUUUAUUCCAUAUGCAGUGAAACAUUAAACCACUUUUAUGGUAAUAACAACAUUAAGAGAACAGUGGGAAUUAUUGUCUUCACCACCUCUUUCCCAUGAAUCUACAACCUACAUUAUAUGCCUGGUGUGUAAACCUGACCAAAUGCUACCUUCUUAUUUCCAUGAUGUAUAACGUAAUUAUAGAAAAUACUAAAAAAGUUCAACUUGAUUUUCAAAAACUGG